UUCUUCCCCGCCCCCUUUCAAGCGCGCGACAAAGCGGGGACAGCGAGGGCGGCACGUGUAUCACGAGGCAAGUCUACUGCAAUUUGACGUGUCCAUCUGCUUUGUAGGAAAGGCGACAACCUCAACACACCAACGCCACCGUCGGCAUCCCCCUUUAGACUGUGCACACAGUCGGCGUCGGCAGCUUCUAGGUGGCAUCGAGAUCUCGCAUAGCUUCGCUCACUCCAUCGCUUCGCUACAAUGGCGCCCCCCGCAGGGAGGGGGGGAGGGGGGGCGAGGGGCCACCGGGCCCCUGGAGGAUUCAGAGGCGGCGCCCCUCGACCACCCCCACCGCGACCCCCAGCCCCAGCUGGGCAGUUCUUUGGGGGUCCCGGGGUACGGGCGCGGUAUGGUGGGGGCCACGGUGGUACUCGAGGGCCGUUGGGGACGACGUGCUGCUGCUGGGUGGUUCUUUGUACGGCAGCCUUUGUGAUCGUGGUAACCGUGGGCAUCAUGCUCAUCGAGUCUCUGGAGGAGUGUUCUACGUCGACCUCGGAUUCCGAGAACUCCAACUGCAUCGCGUACGAGGUGGGACUUGCCGUGGGGGCCGGUGUUGUCGUCCUGUGUUGUUGCUGCUGCUGCAUGCGGCCAAGUGAGGAAGGAUACCAGCCGAUCGACGGCUCAGCGUCGGAGAGACAGUACAUGCUCGCGACGGAGGCACCGCUUCCCCAGUAUGUGCACGGCAACUGAAUCCCCUCUCUCGAUCCCUUGACGUCGACACCACGGACUACGGAGAAACGAAGUCCAUACGCAGAUGUUGAACGAAAAGCUGAUCAAGAUCAUCGACGAAGGGUAGUAGCGCAUCCACGGGGCUGCUGCUCUGCUGUGUGCUAGGAGUGAGGGCCUCGGAACGAAAGGCCGAAGUCCCUGCACCCUUUUUGCGGUGUGCCACGCAGCAACUGCUUUUGUUGUUUGUAUGUUGCCCGAAGUCAAUGUCGCCCUGAGUUUAUAUCGAAUGCAUUCCAUUGACUUGUGGCGUUCCACUUACCUUGCACCCUACUUCUCAGGGCAGCGAUAGGCCAUACUGCUGUACAUACUUUACGAUAGGCUAGGGAAAUUUUUUUGAGCCACUUUUGACAACGUACUUCGUUCUGCUGGAACAACAAUGAUGCGUCCUCGCGCGGACGUGCGGUCAAUGGUCUCACCGCUAAGGCAUCCGAAACAUGAGGAGAGAAAGUACGCCCUCCCCCUCCGCGCGCACAAGCAUUUAAUCAACAAGGCCCUCUCCCCCCCCUCGCCUCGAAUCUCAAACUAUCUGCUGAUUGUGGCCCAUGAAUCACCCCCCACCUUCCUGAGUUCUUAUCUUGCAGCGCCGCGUUUGGGGCUCCGUUCUUGUCUGUAUACGCGUUGGUACACCGUAAGGGCGGGUUGUUUGGGGAUACUCAGCACUCGAUACUGAUCUGCGGAGAUCUAUGGGGUUUCGUGUAUCAUUGUGGCAUUUAUCUGUAGAGGGGCGAUCCCCCUUCUGCGUGCAUGUGGGCUUGCAUGCCGGGCGCACUCGUUAAUGAUACAAGGUCUUGAAUCAACCUUCUCGUGCCUGCGAUUGUAACUACCGAUAUAUAAGGAAAUCUGGGGUUUGUGGAGCGGGAUUGAAUCGUACAGAGCGGCUAGGAAAGAAAUUGCGGGGAAGUUUUUUAGGGGAAACGGACAAGCAAGGGGGUUGAUGACGUAGUGGAGUACAAUACAGCCGCUACUCCUGUGCGGCGAAAAGGGCGAUCUACCGUACGAGUAUUGUCCACCACGCGUUAUUUAGGCACAAGGACCUCGGUUGGGU